CCCACUACCUCCCUACGAAAAGUAUAAAUUAUGCAAGCACCAGUCCCCUUCUUCAGGCGUCAUUUCAUUCAGGCAUUUCGUCGAACACUUUCGGUCUCUACUUCCAAACCCUAUCUUUUCUGUACUCAGCCAACACAUAAUGAAAACAAACAGAAUGGUUCAGAAUCAACACCAGAGGAAGUACCAAAAAGCUUAUGUGGGAGGAUAGAGAAGCUGGCUAAAGGAGACCCAGUUGGGUUUGCAUUUCAAAGCUGGAUGGGCGAUGGGUUUCCGGUUCAUCGAGGCGAUAUUUUUCAUGCCAUUAAUCGGUUGCGUAAAAAGAAGUUUAAUAAACGUGCACUUGAGGUGAUGGAAUGGGUGAUUAGGGAAAGGCCCUACAUGCCAAACCAACUAGAUUACUCGUAUCUCUUGGAAUUCACUGCUAAACUUCAUGGAAUCUCACAAGGCGAGAAACUAUUUUCUCAUAUCCCUUCUGAGUUUCAAGACGAGUUACUAUACAACAAUCUUGUAAUUGCUUGCUUAGAUAAAGGCAUGAUACGAUUAUCAUUAGCUUACAUGAAAAAAAUGAGGGAACUUGGUCACUCCAUCUCUUACAUGGUUUUUAACCGAUUAAUAAUCCUCCAUUCUUCCCCUACCCGAAGGAAAUCUAUUCCCAAAAUUCUUACUCAAAUGAAAGCUGAUAAGGUGCCCCGACAUGUCUCCACUUACAACAUUCUUUUGAAAAUGGAAGCUGACCAACACAAUAUUGAAGGGCUUAUGAAGGUGUUUGCUGACAUGAACCGUGCAAAUACCGAGCCAAAUGAGAUAACUUAUUGUAUUAUUGCUACUGCACACGCCGUGGCCAGGUUAGACACUGCAUGUGAGAUGUAUGUCGAAGCUAUUGAGAAGUCAAUGACCGGGAAUAACUGGUCAACACUGGAUAUACUCAUUAUAUUGUAUGGGUACUUAAAAAAAUCUAAGGAUCUAGACAGAAUUUGGAGAUUUGUCCAAGAACAACCCCAUGUUAAAUCUAAAAGCUACGUGCUUGCAAUCGAAGCUUUUGGCAAGAUUGGAGAUAUAAGUCGAGCUGAAGAUCUUUGGUCAGAAUUGAAGUCAAAGGAAGAGUUGAAGUCAACCAAUCAUUUCAAUUCUUUGAUAUCUGUAUAUUGCAGACAUGGUCAUGUUAGCAAAGCGACCGGGUUGUAUAGGGAGAUGGAGAAAUAUGGCUGCAAAGCUAAUUCAAUAACUUUCAGACAUCUUGCCGUUGGUUGCUUGAAAUCAGGGUUAAAGAUGGAAGCUUUAAGGACAUUAGAGUUGGGUAUGGAUCUUACAACAAGCAUGAGUGUGAAAAGGUCAUCUCCAUGGUUAGAAACUACAUAUUCAUUAGUCGAUCUUUUUGCAGAAAGUGGUGAUGUUGAGAAUGUAGAGAAAUUUUUUGAUGAAUUGAAGAAAGCGAACUAUGCUAAGUACACUUUUGUUUACAAUACCUUAAUUAAGGGUUAUGUGAAGGCAAAGAUUUAUGAUCCAAAUAUUCUAAAACGCAUGAUUCUUGGAGGGGCUAUGCCAGACUCUGAGACCUACAGUCUGUUGAAAGUCCUUGAACAGUUUCGGGGUUAAAUUUUGUCUAUGUAUCCCUUUCUCACUUAGGGCACUUAUCGCAGUUGUUUUAGGAUGCCAUAGUUUUCUCUCAUAAUCAUUUGCACACAGCUCCAACAUUACUGAUAAUUGCUUUUUCUAUCGUCUUUGUUUGCCAAUCAUUUGAUGCUUUCUUAGGCAAUAUAUGAUUUUGAUUAGAAGCUGUGAAUUGUAACUAAAUGUUGUUUCAACGUUUAUUAAGUGAUUGAUUUGUUUAUAAUGGAAUAA